AUGCCCCCGGAUCCUGCCCUGAGCACCGAACACACCUUCUGGUUCAAUGAGACCCUCGACGACUCCCUCUGGAACAUGACCUCCGGCUCGCUCGACUACACCUCCGAAGGCGCCGAGUUCACUCUCAACUCAGAGGGCGAGUCCCUCCUGCUGAUGUCCAACUUCUACAUCUUCUUCGGCGUCAUGGAAGUGCAUGCGAAGAUGGCUAAGGGCGCCGGCAUCAUCAGCGGUGUGAUUCUCGAGUCUGACGACCUCGACGAAAUCGACUGGGAAUGGGUCGGCUAUAACACGAGCAUCGUGCAGUCCGACUUCUUCGGAAAGGGCAACACGACCACCUGGAACCGCGGUGCCAAUCACACUGCCCUCAAUGCGGACACCGAGUUCCACAACUACACCACGUACUGGGAUUCGCAGAAGCUACAGUGGUGGGUCGAUGGUGACCUGGUCCGACAGGUCAACUACACCGAUCGUCUCGCUGUCUACGGCCAGAACUACCCACAGACACCCUGCCGGGUCAAGGCCAGUCUUUGGCCCUCGGGUACUAUCGGCCAGCAAGCAGGGACCAUCGCGUGGGGUGGAGGCAUGGUCGACUGGUCCCAAGCUCCAUUCACCAUGACCAUCCAGCGGAUCCGCGUGGAGGACUUCCAUACCGGCAAGGAGUACCAGUACGAAGGCACCUCGGGUUCCUUUAAUAGCAUCGACGUGAUUGGUGGAAACUCGACCGCGCAAGAGAGAAUCGCCAACCCGCCAGAGAGUCUGUCCCAGAAAUGGGACGAUUUGCCCGAGGGCGCCCAUAUCGGCGUGUACUGCGGUGCAGCCGCCGCCGGUGCCUUGGUCAUUGUUGCCUUUGGUCUCUACUGCAUGAAGCAGCGGCGGCGAGGUCGUCUCGAGCACGCCCUUGACGACGCCCGAUACAACACGGAGCGCAACGAGAUGCAGAACUACCAGAGCGAUUGGAAGCAGACCGAGUGGAACACCACUAGCUAUCGCAACAACGGCUACCAAGCAAUGUAG